AUGAACCCUCCCCAAGCCCCUGGGCAGAACUACAUUCCACUCCCCACCCCAAACUUAGCCCCCGCCGGGCCUAUCGUAUACGAUGAAGGAUCCAUGUACGGGUCCCUCUCUUCAGGCGAGUACGAAGCCUACAAACGGCGGCACGCCAACUAUAAAGACUGGCGGCAAGAAUUGCCCGUCAAGAAGAUCCGUCCCGAGCUCGGCAGUGGGACGGGGAGCUCGCAGAGCUUUGGGAGGCAGGUUGGGGUUGGAAGUGCGGAUUGGACGUGGAGAGGGGGCAGUGACAGUGAUACGGGGACGGUGCCGACGACUGUCGUGCACAGGCUGAGGAGGGAGAGAGAUCAGGUUUUGGAGGCACAGGGGAUGAAGUAUGAUGAGCCGCCUCCGCCACCAGCACAGGUCAUCAGACAGCUUGAGCAUCAGAGGUUUGUCCCUGUUCCACCUGCCGAGAAUCGGCCACAGCCUUCGCAAUCAACCCAAGCACCACCUCAACGUCCACGACCUCCUACUCGACAAGUCUCUUUCAGGCAAGAGAUCUCUCCCAUCAUUGCCCAUCCUACCCCCGUCCCCAUUCAGACCCUUCCCCCUGCCCCUGCUCCUGCUCUUGCCCGGUCCUCGUCAAAACAGUACUCCAUCUCCGGGCCAAGCCAGACUACCCGAAAGACAUCCGACCUCGCCGCCGGCCCAGCCUUUACCCCUUCUCCAACCGCGUCGGAUACGCAUGCUGAGAGAGAAGCGUAUAUUAGAAGCGCUACGGAUCUGCCGUUGGAGAUGCUUGUCGAAACGCAAAAUGGGGGGACGGGCAGACAUCCUUCUGUACCUGCGAACAGCCGGGGUGGUAUCUCGAAGAAAGGCUCGAGUCGUUCGACCGGGUCGGGGUCAGGGUGUUUGAGGAGGGGAGAGGAUGGAGGGAGGAGUUUGGGAAGCGCUGGUGCGAGGUUGGAGAGGGGUGGGAGGGACGAUCUUGGAAGCAAUGGGAGUCGAGUGUCUCUCAACGAGAGCAAGACAGAUGCGAGAAGUCUGGGUAGCGCAGGGGGUCGGGUAGAGCGUUCGGCUACAGAUGGCGCGAAGGCAAGGAGUUCGGCGAGCCAGAGGGAGCAUCAAUAUCAAGGGUCGAACUUUCUACCUGUCCCCGGUGCUGCACCUACAACUAACGCCGUCCCCUCCGAAGCUACCAUCCACAAAGCCGCCCGUCACCCUCUUCCCUCCUCAAAGCCGCCCAGCAACAACACCGUCCCAUCUGUCCCGAAUGGAGUCAAGAUUACAAGGAGUCGAGAAACGACGCUCCUCCAACCGCCUAUAGGCAGGCAAGAAGAUAUCAAGGUGCCGAUCUCAGUCAAAACAGCCGCCGGUAGUACAUUACCUCCUUCCAAACCGUCCACACAGGGUACCAUAGCCCAAGCUACCCGAGCGCCUCUUCCGUCUAGUACUCUGCCUCUAGCACCAAGUAGUCGGCAGCCUACCGUCCCUAACGCUCCCACUGCCCCGAGGACAGAAGAUCUCGCUGCUCCGGCUUUCAUGAACCCUUCUCAGGUGUCUCUACCGCAUUCGACCACAAAGAUGUCGGCGCCGACGCAUAGGCAGCAGAUGCCUUUACCGCGCCCGGCGUUGACGCCUAGGACGUCUUAUGAUACUAUCGGUGCGGGGUAUCAGAAUGGGACUGGGAGCGGGAGGAGGGCGGAGAGUUUGGUGGCGAGGUUUGAGAAAGGGUUGGCGAGUCCGGACAAUGGGAUUAGAGUGAUGGGUACACCCAAGAGUAGUCAGGUGAAUAUCUCAACCGAAACUCCUCCCGAUAGAGCAUCGAGUUUGAAGCCGACGCAUCAGCCUUCUCAGCGCUCUGUCCGGUCCGGGCAAAGUCUUGCACCUCCGCCGCAAAAUGGACAUGGGGCAGGAGGAAGUCAUUCAAGUCUUUUGCUGCCUAUGGCCCCCGAGGGUACGCCUGAUGGGUCUCAGAUGCCGCUGCAACCUGCGCUAAAUCGACAACCAAGUCAUUCGUCGAAUCGGAAUCCGCCGAGUCACGGACCCGGUCCCGUACCAGACCCUCGCUCAAGCCAGACGUUUCUGGCGCCCAAAGAAGCGACAGACUACCGGACGCCCGGCCCGAGAGAAGGCCAUGACUUUGGCCACCAUCCUCAACCAGCAGUAUCGCAACCCUGGAACCAACGCUUCUCUACAGAGCCCGCACCUAUAUUUGCUGAGCAAUACUUAGACGUGCCUUCUCCUACGUACUUGGAUGGUCACGGGGACAGUCCUGAUGUCGUCUUUCUACCCUCGGGUGCGCCUUCGAGCUCGUUGAGGUCUGAUGAAGAGCAGGUGGCGAUUGAAGUACCACCGGGCUCCAAGCGACGCCUCAGAGUGACUCUCAAAUGGCUGAAAGACCCGCAUGGGAGUAGACGGCAGAGUGGGUUGGAGGUUGUGAAUGAGAGUCCGAGAAGUGAUAGGCCACCGGCUGUGCCGCCGAAAGAAGGGCUGUUUCGACAAAGUAGUCGGGCGAGCCAUCGUCAGAAUGGACAGCCUUUACACGAUACGUCAUUCUUGAACGGGUCUCCUCUCCCUCCCGAGCACGAGAGUCUGGAUUCCCAUCGCCCCCGCCACGAGCAGCUACCUGUUGAUGCUGAUUACCCGCAUCAAUCGGCAAAACAGCCUUACGCUUCGCAUGUCCAAGAGAACGUCUACCACGAUCCCAACAAUAACACUUCUUUCAACAAUGUGAAUAACACAUAUCAACCAGGUGCUACGCAAGCACAAGCCGAACAAGCAUACAACAUGCAAAUGCCUUUUGCGUUCAAUCAGCCGCAGGGAGCUUGGAAUUACCGGGCGGCACAGGGAGGUGGUGUGGGGGCGGAGGACGAUGUCAAUCCCGACAGGCAGAGUAUCGACCCCUCGGAGGAUGGAAGCCCGAGGAUGGGGAAUACGGGAAUGCCGUAUAUGAUGGGUAGGAUGGCGUAUCCUCAGCCGCAGCAGCAGGAGGGACUUUGGGGGCAGCAGCAAGGAGUUCGGCCUCAGCGGUCAGGUUUCUUUCAACUGUUCAGAAGGAACUCUACUCCCCGAGGUCAAGGUGUACUGAGAGAGGGCUGGGAUGAUGAUGGCAAUUCGAUCAAUCGCUGGAAGAGGAACGUCCCUCUAGGACGGGCACCUACAGCAGCACCACUUCCUCGACCUACGAUCGCUCCUUCAUAUGCCCCUCGCAUGUUUGACAGGCCGCUUGCGUCGCCUGCUCCUCCUCCCGAAUUCCAGCACGCCCGACAUGAGCCUUAUCAUUCCACCUUUCCUGCUCAACCCCCUUCUCGUUAUCCGAACGAUCAACAUCGUCCUCCAGCCUACCACCAACCGGGGAACGAAACGAAAGAUCAACGAGCCUACCCUUCUCCGCGGGCGCAGAACCAAGCAAAUUUGCGGGAGAAGGAGCGCCGAAAGGCUGAUAGGGAUGCGAGGAGACGGGAGAAGGAAGAGAUACGGUACAAUAAGCAGCUGAGAAGGGAUGAGCGGGAGAAACGAGGGUUGACAGGCAAGGAGGGUGGCCCCGGCGGGCGUAAGGGUGGCGUGGAAGGGAGGGGUAGGACGGUGCCGAUGGUCGGGGACUGGGUGUCGAAAGUGAAGCAGGAUAGCGACAAAAUCCAGCAGCCUGGUCGCUCUGGAACCUUCACAGACUACAUUCCCUGGCGUAGAAAUGGUCACGCGUCCAACGAAAACAACGCUGCCCGACUCCGUCGAAACCCAAGCGCGCCGAGGAAAGCUGAAGAUGUAUUGGGGACCAAGAAGAGCAAAACUGGGAGUGGUUCUGGAAGUGGAGGGGCGAUGGAGAUGUUGAAGAAGGGAUUGUCGCUGGGGAAGCAGAGCGAGGAGAAGUUGAACGGAAAGACCAGGCCCCAAGAGAGAGGAAAGAAGUGA